AUGGAAGUGAAGGCAGGUAGUUUCGUCUACCGCGAUGCUUUCUUUGCAGAGGUCGCAGAAGGAAAACGUCACGCUCGUGCAUCUGAUCCUGAGCUCAGAAACUUGUUACUACCCAAGAAAGGUAGCGCACCACCUAAAGAUCAGGUUGCGCACUGGUAUGAAGCACAACUGCUGCACUAUGGUCUACCAAGAACGAAGGAUAAGAACACCGCGAAGGUAGAAGCAGACCUGAAGAAGGAAUACGCCAAUAAUCAGAGAAGAGCAAAAGCAGCUGCGAAGAAGGAGCAGACUCAGGUUGUCAAUGUACCUGCUGCGGGGAAGAAGAGGAAAGCUGGUGAUCUCGAGAAUACAUCCAGCUCAAAGUCUGCCACCACGAAGAUAUCAGUCAAGGUGGGCGAUAUGACCUUUGAGAUUGAUCAGCAGACUGUUUCCACGGCUCAACCCACGGCAAAGAAGCAAAAGGCUUCAGCUUCCUCAGCGAAGACUCCUGCAAAGAAAUCUGCCACCAAAGCGGCUAAGGUCAAGCCAACUAAUUCCACAACCCUGCCCAAGUCGAAAGCAUCCGCUAUCAAGCCGACAACCAAGUCGCAGCCGCCAACCCAGCCUCAUACAAAGCCCAAAGUCGCAACGCCUGUCAAGUCGUCCACGGGCCACGGACGUCACCCUAGAACCAAGCAGACAGCCAGACGAAGCGGCCAUGUCGGGUACGCAAAUCGUACCGGUGGUCGACCUGUAGCAGCACCAGAACCCGUCUCGAUGUCUUCUAACACAUACUAUGAUGACGAUGAGAGCGAACCUCCACCACCCUACACUGAGUAUGAUGCAGAGGAGGAGGAGGAGGAGGGAGAAAAUGAUAACCAACCUCGUGAAGUCCAGAUAUCGGGAUACUACUCGAUCAUCAACAUCAAUUCAGGUGAACAGGGUGAUCUCUCUAUUCGCCUGUCCAACGAACGAGGCCAACUCUGGGGAGACUUCACGCUAGGCGAAAAGACUGGUGUGGUUCGACUUGACAAUAUCGAUGGUAUAGGCCAGGGUGUUCGAAAGUCUUUCGGCUGGCGAAGUCAGGAUAUUGCGACUGGAGAAUGGCGCUUCGGUAAGGGCUGUGAUGGUUGGGUCGAGUUUGAUGGUGAAGGAUCGGUACGAGGCGUUUUCUAUGGCUUGGCAACUCGUCGGGAUAUUGAGUUCGAGGGACAGCUUGAAGAGACUUUCAACUACGAGUGGAGCUACGAGUGGAAUAGUGCUAUUGGCGAUCUGUCUGCGAGGUGGCAUGAUAUUCCUGAUCGAGCAUACAAGCGUAAAUAG